GGAAGAGGCAUUGAUGUACAAACAUGUAUGUACAUGAGAUCCACGCCGACUUGGUAGGCCUAGAGAUCCAGGGGCUGGUCUACGGACCAAAUAUAUAACAGCUAGGAAUGGAGAAAAUGGACCGAAAUAUUCGUACCCGGAUCCCGGAAUCUCUAGUGACCACCGGUGAUCGAACCAACGAAAAUCCGAUCGGACUCGACAUUCUUCAUAUCAUGAUCCAAAACAAAUUUUGCACGCGGUUUCAAUUCCAAUUUUGCUUUUUCGUUCAUACUGCAAGUCUGCGCCGAAAUAGAUUAACAAUAAGCAGAGAAAACUUCACAAAGCAACUUAUUCGCACGAUGGCAACAAAUGACACUCCAAAUUUAACACCGAAUUCAUCUCAGUUUGUGAAAGAAGAGGAAGUUGCACGAGGGAAAUGGCUUUCGUUGAAUAAUGUAACAUACAAAGAUCCAACAGGCAGAGAGAGGUUAUGGGAAUGUGUGAAAAGGACAACUCGCCAAGCAGGAUCUGCUGAUGCUGUUGGUAUCAUCGCCAUCCUGAAGCGGAUGUUGAAAUUUGAUUGUCUUGUGUUGGUUGUGCAGUAUCGUCCACCGAUGAAGACGUGCACAGUAGAGUUCCCAGCUGGUCUGGUAGAUGCAGGUGAAACUCCAGAAACAGCAGCACUGAGGGAAUUGUAUGAAGAAACAGGAUUUACAGCCACUGUCCGACAUGUCACUCCAGCCUUGUGUUUUGACCCUGGAGUUGGAAACACUACAGUACAGCUAGUGUCGGUUGAGAUUGAUGGCAAUGAUGAGAAAAACCAAAGUCCAAUGCAGAAAACAGACGAAUCAGAGUUUAUAGAAGUUGUACCUGUUCCGCUGGACGUCCUUCUUCAGAGACUGGACGAAUAUUCGGAAAUGGGAUACAGUGUUGAUUCUCGGGUAUAUUCCUACGCCUUGGGUUUGCAACCAAAGACGUCUUAGUCAACUAUAGAUACUUGUAUUGAAUAUUGUAAAGUCUUUUAUCCAUAUGCUAUGUAACACAAUUAAUCUUGUCAAUAAAUAUAACAUACU